AGGAGCGGCAGCGGCCCAGCAGCCCAGCUUUGCGAAGGCUCUCGGCGCGCCGCGGCCCGCAGGCACCCGGCACGCGCCCUCCCCGCCGCCAGGAUGCCCAAGAGGAAGGUCAGCUCAGCCGAAGGGGCAGCGAAAGAGGAGCCCAAGAGGAGAUCAGCGAGGUUGUCAGCUAAACCUGCUCCUGCAAAAGUGGAAACGAAGCCAAAAAAGGCAGCAGCCAAGGAUAAAUCUUCAGACAAAAAAGUACAAACAAAAGGGAAAAGGGGGGCAAAGGGAAAACAGGCCGAAGUGACUAACCAAGAAACUAAAGAAGAUUUACCUGCAGAAAAUGGAGAAACUGAAAACGAGGAGAGUCCAGCCUCUGAUGAAGCAGGAGAGAAAGAAGCCAAGUCUGAUUAAUAUCGUAUACCAAGUCUUAUCAGUGGUUCCUGUCACCCUUGUACAAUCCAGAGGAAUAUUUUUAUCAACUAUUUUGUAAAUGCAAGUUUUUUAGUAGUUCUAGAAACAUUUUUAAGAAGGAGGGAAUCCCACCUCAUCCCAUUUUUUAAGUGUAAAUGCUUUAUUUUAAGAGGUAAAAUCAUUCGCUGGUUGUUUAUUUUUUGGUACAACCAGAAAAUAGUGGAAUAUUGAAUUAUUGGAGGCUUUGACUGUCCUGGGUGUCAGCUUAACAUUCCAUAGAUGGGGGUAGUUUUUAUAUCCUGUAAUACAAAGCAUACUAAAUGGCAAUUUGAAGUCACAGUCACAUAUUUACUGUGUCUUGAACAUUUAAAAUUAGUUCUAUUCCCAUGUUAUUUUUUAGUAGAAUUGUUUCUUGAAGACCGCUCCUUAAUCAUUGCUCUCCCUGUCAGAACUGUGUGCACUCUGUAACAUCUUUGGUCAUGGUAGUCUAGUUUUCCUAAUAGUUUUGUUAAUGUGUUGUGAAUGAUUGGAAAUUUGAUUAUGUAGUGUAUAUGAUAUUAAAUUGUGAACUGGUGGGACUUAUGUAACAGCUUACCAACAUCUGGAGAUACUGGUACUUGAUAUCCUCUUAAGGAAAAUUUGCCUCCAAAUUUGAAGAUGGAAGGUCACUGGAAAAACUUUUUAAAAAAUCAUGAUAUGUGGCUUUUUAGAAUUUCGGUACAUAUGUUAAGAAUUGUGUACAAAUUGAAAUGUCUGUGAUGAUCCUCAACACAACCAAUAAAAUCUCAAUUAUGAAAGAAUGUUUUGAAGCA